GCGGGGGACUCGAGGAGCUGCCAUGUAGAUUUGCAUGCUGCCGAGUUUGUCGUUGAGACGCCGGGUUUCUUAUUCAUCUUGCUCUUUGGCAAUAUCCAGCUCUUUGAUUUGAAUUCGGUGUAUUGUCUGCCCUCUGCCGUACCAUGGCAGAUUCUAUUUUCGCUCACUUUUCGCUCGUCUUGCAGGUUCCCUCAUUCACAGCCUUGAUUUCGCGCCCCGAAUCCCACGCGAUCAAGAUCGACCAUUCCUUGUCUUUUUAUCCAUAUUAGCAUGUACAAUUGCAUGGCUUUUGUCUCAAUUGUCGAAUUCAUGAGUUGUGCACGGGGUCCCUGCUGUUGCCCGUUCCAUCAUGGAAUAUAGCAACGCAGAUCCUCUUGACUGGACAGUCGAUGAGGUCGUGAAUUUCCUUUGCUACAAUCCCGAGACACCGUGGUCUAAGUCAAACUCAAGCACACCCCGACCGAAUCCUGCUUCGUUCGCAAAGGCAAUACGGGAUAACUUGAUCACGGGAGAGGUACUUUUACAAGAUGUGGACAAAAAUGUAUUGAAGGAUGAUCUAGACCUCAAAGCUGUUGGGCAUCGGGGCUCAAUAAUGCGGGCUAUUGGGUUUCUUCAGCAAUGUUCGCCAAAAUUUCAAACUUCAAAGUCCGAACAGAGCCUUGUAUUGCCCUCAUCAUCCCCGCUGCAACUACUACCUCACUUGCAGCAUACCAAUGCCCAUUCGUCCCCUGCACAGUAUUCAAAACCAGUGCCGCCGACUGCGCCGAGUACUCCUUCACUGAACAAGCUACCCGCAGCCGCAGCCGUUUCAGGUACUCUGAAUACCGGAAGAGGGUUGGAUAACCCGCACGGUGCCAUCGAGAACAGCCCAGAGAUCAAUGUACCUGCUGGCCCUCGAGAGGUACCUGAGGCCCGGACGUCGAAUCGGUCACGUUCUCACGAAAACAUUGUGGUUGACGAACAUGGCAAGAAAAGACGAAGGCUAAACCUAACAACUUUUGUGGAAUCUCGGGGCGGCGAUGUCAUUUCGGAAAUCUCAAGUAAUGAGAAGUCGAAAAGCUGGUAUAUGGGCCCUAAUGCUCUUACACUGGACCAAGUUUUCUACUCGUCGGAUUUGGAGGGAGAUGACCAGACCUUCACACUAGUCCCGUCCAAAUUACCAAAUGCGCAGCGCAUAUUUGUCAACCGACGUCUCAGUUAUUUCUUCCAACAAUCACCCAUUGAGCUAGGCUCUGGCCACGGCUUUUCGCAGAAGGCUAUUGUUCCCUACAAAUCUUCAAUAAUAAAGUCAAGCAACGAUGGGUAUUUUACCCUUUACACAGCAGAGAACGGCGCAAUUAACGUCAGUAAAGAAAGAAUCAAUGACUGGCCCCGCCUAGGGCACCAAGCAAGAGUGAAUGACGAAGCCCAGUCGCCAAGUGAAUUACCGAAACCCUCAGAUCCAUUUUCAUAUUUGCUUCAAAAAUAUCCAGCCGAGGAAGGCUCUGGAGAUGCAUUUCCUAUAUAUGGAGACUCUGGUUCUGAGGGUGACUUUGACGAAGAAACCUGGCGAGAGAUGGAGGAGGAACAAAGCGAGCCUAUUCCCCACCAGCAGAGGAAGCUUGGCCCCACAGAAGUAGAAUACAUCAUCAAAGAUUGCGUCUCUGCUUAUGAGGCAUACUGGCGCGAAUCUCACAUGCCCAGGGAAUACUGCAAGGCGCGAAAGCUCUGGUUAGUUGCCAGAAGGGGGAACCGUGUCAACCAGGAGACUAAAGCCUUAGUAAGAGAUAUCGGGUUGCUAGCAGCUCGCUUGCAGAAGUUGCAGGAGGAAAUUCGCAAGAAUGAAUACACUACCGCAGCCGAACUACGCACACAAUGCGAGUGCUUGGAGCUCACUGUUUUCAAUAUCCAAAAACAGAAGUUCCGUGUUUCGGUACUUGAACAAGAAAAGUGUCCUCCGAGAGUGCCUGCGCCCCCCAAACCUCGAAAUCCUCCAAAAUUGAGGACCGGAGAUGAAGAAACCCUAGAUUCGGAGUCCGAUUUUGCCGAGAAUGACACGUUCGAUGACUUUAUUAUUGAUGAUAUUGGAACACCCAAAGUUCUUGAGGCUGAAAACUCUCCCGACACGUCCUCAUCAUCUGAUGGUGACGACGAUAUUAUCAGCGUUUCCGGUAUACGACGUAAAACUCAGGGUCAACCACCUAAGGUCUUUGGAUCAAGCAGCCCUUCUAUUUCUCCUCCUCCCCCGCCCGCCUGGCCUCUUCAUGAGAAGCCCGAAGUCAUCGAUCUAACUAUGGAGGAACCCGAUGAUCUACGCAUAGAGACACCCCCUCUCAAUCCUGUGGGAUCCGCCAAAUCAAAUUAUCAGGGUGCUACGCUGCUGAGAUCCAGCACCUCCAUGUCACCCCCACCCAGUAUUGGCUCGCUAGAGGGUAGCGCUCUUGUGAAAACAGAAAAUGACACACGUUCUCCCCGGCCCAAAAUCAAUGAUAUUGAAGGAAUCUUGUCAUUGGAUUGGGAGUUUUUUGAAGCGCGUAAAGACCGCCGUCGGUUAUUGGCUAAACUUAUUGGUGGGCUUGCUGAUGACGAGCGGACCAAGUUGGCAACACACAUCCCGGAAUAUCAAUUCUCGAAACUAAAGCUCCUGGUGCGCAGAGCUCUUAAGUCUUUGGGCAGCGGCAGGGUAGAUGUCCCAGGAAUGAAUUCUAAUGAGAAUCGUUUAAUCAUGAGAACAGCUUCAUUUUACGUGGCAUGGCUGAACUGUAUUCGUCUGGAUGUAGAAGGUAUCCCAAAAAAGGACAUUCAGAAGGCUCUGAAUCGUCUUGAUUCGGACGGGUUUGACCGCUACUAUGAUGAACUCAUUGAACAGUUACGGAACUGCCGCGCGUGGAAACAAAAGACAGAAACUACCGACCCAGACUCCGACCAGGAGCCCCAUGAUACACCGCAUAAAAAGCGAAAAAGGGAAGUCAAAGAAAGUCAGUCGGCAAAAAUGACACAGGCGAGUGCUCAGCGUCGUGUGGCACAGCAAGAAAAGCAGAGAGAGAAACUCGAGAAACGACUAAACAGCAUGGGCCUGGGCAAUGAUAACCCCAGCCGCCAGGCCGUUAGCUUUAAGGACCCUAUUAUUUACUUGAAUUCCCACAUUGGGCAACACGUCAAACCGCAUCAACUCAAAGGCAUCCAAUUCAUGUGGCGGGAGUUGAUAGAGGAUAAGGAUCGACAAGGAUGUCUAUUGGCCCAUACAAUGGGACUCGGGAAAACAAUGCAGGUCAUAUCGCUGCUUACCACGAUAUAUGAGGCCUCUGCUUCCUCUGACCCAAGAAUCAGCCGCCAGGUUCCGGAAGCUCUUCGUCCGCUGCAGACCUUGAUUAUUUGCCCGGCAUCCUUGAUUGAAAAUUGGCAAGAUGAGUUCCAUAUGUGGUCACCAAAGAUCUGGCCUAUGGUGAGACGAGUUUCAACUGCAAAAGAAGAAAGCCUGAAUGCACGCCUACAACAAAUAUCCGCAUGGUAUGACGAUGGCGGAGUUCUCUUAAUCAGCUAUGAUAUUUUUCGACGUUGGAUAAGCAAUAAAGAGACUGGUAAACGGGGCAAACCUCUAUCAGAUGCUGACCAUGAUAUGGUUAAGCGCUGGCUUCUUCAAGGGCCCAAUCUCAUCAUCGCUGACGAAGCCCACAAAAUGAAAAAUGCUUCCUCUACAACCUAUUUGGCGGCGAUACAAUUCCGCUCAACGAGUCGUAUUGCUCUGACAGGAUCCCCCCUUGCUAACAAUCUUAGCGACUAUUAUACCAUGGUCAACUGGAUUGCAGAAGACUACCUUGGGAGUGCUGUCGAGUUCAAGGCCAACUACAUAGAGCCAAUCGAGCAAGGUCUGUAUGCCGAUAGCACACACACCGAAAGGCGAAGGUCUCUCAUGAGGCUUCAGGUACUAAAACAGAUCUUGGAGCCAAAGAUCAACCGUGCAGAUAUCACAGUCCUUGCAGGAGAUUUGCCGCCCAAGGUAGAAUUUGUUCUGACGGUACCCUUGACCAAGCUACAGAAGGCAGCAUACGAUUCCUAUGUAUCAUUUGCCCUGCGUGACCGAAUGGAGGAUAUUGCACAGACCCAAUUAUGGUCAUGGUUAGCCAUUCUCGGGUUGUGCUGCAAGCACCCCGCAAGCUUCUGGGAAAAGCUCGAGAGUCGCGUACAAGACGCCGCGGCGAAGAUGAGCGAUGGCGAGCAACAACCAAUUCCAGGCGAUGAGUCUAUUGACAAAAUUGGAAUACCAGACUCAGAGGGACUUGUGGCCGAACAACGUGAUCUUUUUGCACAAGUCACUGAUUUGAAAGCUGUAGAGCUUUCGGCUCGAACGGAGAUUGUGAACAGGAUCAUUGACGAGUCUAUCAAAGCCGGUGACAAAGUUUUGAUUUUCUCUCAAAGUUUGCCAGCACUUAACUAUCUUGAACAUGUUUUGCAGGCCUCUGGCCGGCGUUACUCGCGAUUAGAUGGACAGACACUAAUUCCCACUAGACAAGCGGCCAUAAAGCAGUUCAACCAGGGCCAGCUGCAAGUGUACCUUAUUUCAACUCGAGCAGGAGGGCUCGGUCUGAAUAUCCAAGGCGCCAACCGCGUUAUUAUCUUUGACUUCUCCUUCAGCCCUACAUGGGAAGAGCAGGCUGUUGGGCGUGCAUACCGCUUAGGGCAGCAAAAGCCAGUCUACGUGUACCGAUUUCUCACUGGGGGGACAUAUGAAGAGAUCAUACACCACAAAGCAAUAUUCAAGACUCAGCUCUCCGUCCGUGUUGUUGAUAAGAAGAACCCUAUACGUUUUGCGUUCAAGAAGCCUGGCGAUUACCUGUUUCCAGCAAAGCCCGUUCCUCAGCAAGAUAUCUCUGAAUACAUUGGGAAAGACAAGCUGGUCUUGGACAAUAUUUUGCGUGAAGACCAAGCAAAAAACACAGAAGACAGGUUGAUAAGAGAUAUCAUACUCACGGAGACUUUCCAAAGGGAGGACAACGACAAACUGACCGACGAAGAGAAACGAAGCGUCCAGGAAGAAUUUGAUGAUGAAAACCUUCGCCGAAGAGAUCCCGUUGCUUACAACAAACGAUUCCUCGAGAAGCAAAUGAAACUUAUACAGCAACAGAAUUAUGCGCGUUCGUCAAGUUCAGUGGCUCAUGGAGUCUAUCAGCCUUCAGUCCCACAAGGUACGACUUAUGGCGGCCAACACGCUCCACAACAGGGGUCUGUUUUGUACCCAGAUCAACGACAAGGUCUACAAUUCCAAGUCCCAAACAGUGCGCAUAAUAAUGGCCCUCCUGCUCUUGUUCCCGAUAUGAUUUCUUAUCAACCUCCAAAAUCGACCUGCGAAUCUGGCGCACUGUCUCCUUUUACAAACACUCCACCGAUAGGAGAUGCGAGAGAAAAUACUCAUGUCCAUCCGACUGGGCCAUCCUCCCAGUAGCAAAUGGAUUCGACGGCGAGUCGUCCAGCACCGAUUACUACAAGUGUUCCGCGUUCUGCAGCCCCCCAAACCGUCCCUCAAAAUACGGAUUCCCGUGCGCGCACAUCGUCAACGCCUGAGCCACAAGAACGGCGGAAAUUUGGCUGCGGAAAUCAGUGAUAUUGCAGUGUAGACACUGCAAGACAAGGCCUGACCUUCUUGUGGCAUCCCCAGUUUUUAUAGCGUACCUCCCCUCUAUCUAUUUUCAUUAUUGAACAUUGUUUAUGGCGGCAAAUACUUUAUCUGCAUAUAUCUUAUCAUGAUUGGGGUUUCUUUCUUUCUUCCUUGUUUUUUUUUUUUUUUUUUUUU